CUGUCUACUAAGUAUAGUGAACAAGCUUGUUUCUUCACUGUAUAUAUUAUUCAGCUAGGGAGGACCAUUUAAUCCUUACAAUAAUUCACAGUAUGAAGCCUUUUGUUCCAUCUUCCGUAGGUUGCAGCUGUUCACCUUUUCCAGUCUACUACCAUAUCUUUCUGUUUCUCUACUCUUCCACACUUCCACACUUCCACACUGCAACUCUGCAACUCUGCAACUUCACAGCUCUGCAACUUUACAACUCUGCAGCUCUGCCUCUUUUCUACUAUUCUGAUCCUUUCCAUCUACCAGAGAUCUCGACCAACCUGCCAUGGCUGCAUCAAAUUUCAAGAUCCUUCAGACCGGCUGCCAAGCAAGCGGCUUUACAUCCAAUAAUUGAGCUAGUGAUUGCCUACAAGCCGGUGUGGCUAUAUUCAAAAGCUAUUUACUUAUUAUUUUCUUCAUGGUUACAGGUGCUCCUAUCGAUGCCCUUCCACACGUUGAUUGCACUCUUCUCGUAUAAUAUUAUAAACAAUAUCUCCUUCACGACAUUCAACGUGAUAUUUCAGAAGCUUAGGAGGAUCUCCAAGCAACUGCAUUUCUACCAGCGCAUCAUUCUCACAAAUCCUACGUCGCUUUUGCUCAAGGUAUCCAAGGGGACAGAUUUACAGAAAUGGAAAGCCUCGGCGAAGAGCGCUAACACAUACUAAUCACUUAUCAUCCUCCGGUGGUUGCUGAAAACAUUAUCAACUGGGAAAUGCUUGAAUUCAUCCGGUUAUCUAGCUAAACUCCCAAGCAACAAGCUCUUUCGCUUCGAGGCUCUCCAAAAAUGAGGGCGUUUUUCUCUCUUCGCCUCUGCCGGAACUGGGCACGCGGAACCAG